AAAACACUAUUGUCCCUUGUGGUGCCUUCUUCCUCUCCGAUGACCCUCGCCUCCAUAAGGGCCUUUUACUUUGGCGGUGCACGUGUCGAGGACUGGAUUAUAAUGAGUCAUCUGCGACAUGAGCAAGCGGCUUAUACAUGAUGACUGCUGGAGACAAUCCUUGUGGCCAGCAGAGGUUGGUGAGACUGGCGGAGAGACAUGGGUGAGUUUGUGUGAACCGUCUGGUGUCACAGCCAGUGUCUGGGUCAACUUACUGCUGUCUCACCCAGACACGAAGCAUCGCUACGUCCUCGCCUCCUUUAGAUUCUGGCUGAACUCAAGUGUGGAGCUAUACUUUACUUUGUUUUCAACAAUGUUCAGUUUGAAAAAUGUCUUUGUCAGCAUUAAUUUGAUGAAAAAUGUUUGUUUAUUAGAGAUUUCAUACAACUAAACCUAUAGAUGAGUUAUGACCUCAUCCCAGCUCAUCGACCCCAAACUAUAAAGAUGCAGGAUGAUGUGGGUAGUCUGAUCAACGUCCAAUUCAAGGACCUUCUGUAGAUCAGGUGGUGUGUUUAAAUGUAGAUGUUAAAGAAGCCUCUAAAGCCGGUCUAUUGUCCGUCUGCAUGGGAGGAGACCAACACGUAGGGAUUACGGCGCAUUAUGUAGCAGACGCGUUGUUGCACAAACGCUAGAGGAGCCAACGUGCAGAGGCAGUGUCUGGACUCACAGUUGAUCACUGAGCCAGGAAGAGUGCUUCAUAAAGCUUUAUUCCCCUCAAGUUUUGUUAUAAGAAAUUUAGAUUUUUGCGUAUUUUGCAUCGCUUUGAUUUUGUAAAAUCUCCAAGAAAGGGAAGCAGCUCGACUACGCAACGGAAUCAUGUAUUUAAACAGAAAUAAAACCACAAUCGUAGAGAAGAGCAAGAAGAACAUAAAAGGGAAGACAUGGGCUCAUUUUAAGACAAAUUCCUAUCAGGAAGAAAUCACCUUGGUGACACAAAAGGAACACAGAAAGGCGAAGACCAACGAAAAGGAGGCGGUUGAGGAGGAUAUGCGCUGGACGGUCUUCAGGAAGGCCUCGUAUGAUAUGACCCAUUCAGAGAGGGUGAUGGAUGAUCUGACCUUCGGACGGCGGGUGGGAUUUUACGAGCUGAGAGGGGAAAUCGGCUCUGGUAACUUCUCCCAGGUUAGGUUGGGGAUACAUGACUUGACCAAAGAGAGAGUAGCAGUAAAAGUCCUGGAUAAAGAACGUCUGAGCAAACACUCUCAGGCUCUUUUUGCAUCUGAAAUCACCUGCAUGGAGAAGCUUUCCCAUCCCAACGUAGUGCGCCUGUAUGAGGUGGUGGAAACGCUCAAGCGGCUCUACCUGGUAAUGGAGUAUGCCAGUGGAGGGGAGCUGUACUCCAGAAUCACCACCAGGGGGCGCCUGUCUGACCUAGAGAGCAAGCUUGUGUUUUCUCAGGUUCUGUCUGCAGUCAAGCACAUGCAUGAUAAUAACAUUGUCCACAGGGACAUAAAGGCUGAGAAUGUGUUUUACACCAACACUUACCAUAUUAAAGUGGGAGAUUUUGGUUUCAGCACAUGUUCUUGCCCUGGUGAGGUGCUUCACACAUUCUGUGGCUCCCCACCUUAUGCAGCCCCGGAGCUCUUCAAAGAGAGAGGCUACACUGGACUGUAUGCAGAUAUCUGGGCAUUGGGCAUUUUGCUUUAUUUCAUGGUGACUGCCACAAUGCCGUUCAAAGCCACCACCACCAGCAGGUUGAAGUGUUGUAUUCUGCAGGGCUCCUAUGCCAUUCCUUCAUAUGUGCCCCAGUGCUGCCAGGAUAUCAUUAAGGGCCUUCUAAGGCCAGUUCCAGUCGACCGUCUUGCUUUGGCACAAAUAAUGACAAGCAAUUGGAUGAGAGGCAUUGACUACCCUCAAGCGUACCCACCCUACAGACCUACACCUUCCCACCUGGCGGAACCCAACAGCAUUCUCACCUCAGAUGAACUAAACGUGAAGGCUGCCCUGGAGGAUCUUGGCAUCACCGACGCUCAUGUGCUCAACAACGGCCUCGACUUGAAGAGCCCCAUCACUGGAGCCUAUCGGAUUGUGCUUCAUCGAAUCCAGAGAAGGAGAUCUGUAGAGGCCGUUGGUCAUACCAGUACAUCCCUCAACAGACUUCGACAGAGAACGGGUUCAGAUGGUCUGCUGGUAAAACGCCACUCUGUGGUCUGUGCAGUUAUGUAGACCCAUUUUUCUGUUUGGAAAUGUUCAAACAGCUAGUUUGUAUCACCUUUCUGAGACAUUCAGGAAAGGAUGGCAGAAAACUUGCAUGUGAUUUGGAGUUCGGAUCAUCACAGAGGCACAGGUUUUGGUUUCAUAAUAAGCAAAGUUGUUGUUCCAGCAGGAAAUGAAAUCUUGUCCUGCUGUCAUGUGAGGACUGGUGCAUCGUGAAGGUUUCUGUGAGUGCAAGGCUACAGUAGCAGGCUCCGAGUCCAAACUUGGCACCUACUUGUCCACUAAAAUAACAUCCAGUGUUUCUGCAACAAGAGCUCUAUCAAACCAGCUGAGUGUGAAAGGAGUUCGUUCAGGGCUGUCGGUGACCCUCCGAUUUCCUCCUUGAGUGUAAAUACGAGGAUUUAGAAAAUACUGAACAUGAGAUGUUUUUGUUCAUUUGAAGUGUCAUUCAGAAAAAGAGCAUGUUUCAGCCUGAUAGGUUUGGAAAGGUCUGGAUGUGUCUGAUUUUAGAAAAGAUUAUUAUUUUAAUGAAACUACAUAUUAAAACUGGAGCCAUAGCUGCUAGUAAUUGACUUAAAGAAUAAGCUGUAUUGAAAAAAUGUAGGUAAAUUGACUAAUUUGUUAUAAAUAUUAACAAAACAUUCAUUGUUAGCUUGAGCUUUGUAAGUAUUUUUAUGCUGUUUGUAAAAAAAAAAAGGAUGUGUUAAACACUAUGCUGUUGGCAAAAGUUUGAAUUGUGUACUAUUGGUCUUGUGUACAAUAGAUUUUUAAAUAGCUUGUCAGAAGGUCCUGAAAAACAUUUUCUUCUUAUAAAAAUAAAAUGUCACCC